AUGCCGGUCUCUGCGCCGUCGCCAGCUCUCGUGUUGGACAAUGGUACUGGGUGUUUGAAGAUCGGCUUCGCGGGGGAGGCGCUGCCUCUCCAUACGCUGUCGACUUGCGUGGGGCAAGUGCGCGAUCGGCAGAACCAAGGGAUGCUUCUCUACGGAGACGAUGUGUUGCUGUCCUCGAACUACUUUGGCCUGCGGCCGUCGUCCUCGGCCUCGUCUGCUCCUUCGCCGCUCUUCACCGACCUGGAGAUGCUGCGAGAUCUGUGGGAGAUUCUCUUCUCGCACAAGCGGUACAUGAACCUGUCGGAGGCGCAACUCACCGACCACGGUGUCAUCGUCACAGAGCCGUUCCUCGCGCCUCCAGGCGUUCGCCAAGCCCUCAGCGAAGUCCUUUUUGAAGACUUCCAGUUCAAACAAGUCCUCUUCGUGCCCGCCCAACAAGCCGUCCCAUUCGCUUUCCUCAGCGGCCCAAUCGCAGAAGAAAGAGACGAAGACUUUCUCGGGAACUGGGGCACGGAACGCGACGCCAGAGAGAGCCUCGGCCUCGACGCUCUUCCGGGUGUACAUACACCCGCGAAGAAGGUGCGGAAACAGGUCUUCGCCCCAGACGCUGUGCGGUGGUACAGAGGCUCGCGGGGCGCGAGUGCCGAGGGGGAGACGCAUGCGAGUGCUGGGCCUAGCGAGAGAGAAGAUGGAGACGCGAGAGAAGCCGAGGAGAGUCCAAGAGAAGCCGGUUUGGUGGGAAAGAAGAAACGACCAGGCGAGACUCUCCAAGACGCCGGGGGAAGACCUGCGACUUCAGAGCUCAGGAGACGAAAGAGCGAUCGCGACGAAGGCUCGAAACGGACGGGGACGAAACCUGCCUCUCUCGCAUCUCUGUCUACGUUGCCUUCCGGUGCUUCCGCGUGUCCGGAUAAUGUUUUCAAGGUAAAAUUGUGUGGACUUGUCGUCGACAUUGGCUUCAGCGGGUCCAUGGUGGUUCCAUACAUGGACCUGCAGCCGAUCGAGCGCGCGGCGCUCCGCACCUCCGUAGGCGGCAAUUUGCUGACGACGGUCUUGAAAAACCUCUGCGGAUUCCGCUCCCUCAACCUCGAGAGGAACGAACUCCUUGUACAGCGAAUGAAGGAAACGAACUGCUUCGUGUCUCGCGACUUCGACCGGCAACUGGAGAGAGCUCGACAAGAAGCGGCGAGCGGAGGCGCGACGUGCAUCGAACGGUCGCACCUCUUCAAGGAAGUCGUCCUCCCGGAGUACGGACCCGGCGCCUCGAAUGCGGCGAUCCUUUCCUUCUUCAAGUCACCGCCCAGCGAAGAAAGCCUCUCCGUCGCCUCUGCUCCUUCGCUCGCCGCAUCGGGGACGGAGGCGAAAGACGCUUCGCUUUCUUCCGCGGCUGCGAGCGGCGCUGGGACGGCGAAAGAAGAGCGCCAAACUGUGCGCCUCUGCACGGAGAGAAUAUCGGUCCCUGAGGUCCUCUUUCAUCCGCCAGACGUCGGCAGUUCCGAAUGCGGCAUCGUGGAGCUCGUUCAGCGAUCGAUUGCUCUCUUGCCUCGCGCCCUACAGCCGUUUGCAUGCGACCAAAUUCUUCUCGUUGGCGGCUCCUCGCAGUUCCCUGGACUGCGCCAGCGUCUCUGGAAAGAGCUGCGCGCUGUGCUGCCCGAGCACUGGCCUGUGAACAUCUACACAGAGGUGGAACCGCAGUUCUCAGUCUGGCGAGGCGCGAGUUGCUCCUACGCCGAUCGCGCGCUCUUCGACUUGAACGCCGUGACGCGCGAACAAUUCAACGAAGCUGGAACUGCGCAUUGCCGACCCAACGCAAAGCACGCAGGGGGGGAUGUGAGCUUCUACUGA